GACGAUUCUAGUUCGUGACAACCAUCGCCAGCAUAAUCUCCUCUGUGCCUCCCGAGCACGUUUCAACGAUCCACCGCGAACGAAAGAAUAAUGCUGCGUGGUUCGAUGUUCGCCCGAAACGGCGUCGUCCUUCUUUAGGUGGUCAUGUUCUUCUAGCAAUAUUCUGUAUGGAACACACUUCUUCAUUUCAGCGUCGCUCUGUUUGCUGCCACUAUCUUCAUGACUCAUCUUCAUUGCUGCCACAUCUUCAUUUACUUCCUGUUAUUCGUCGUUCUUUCAAACGUCCCCGUCUCCUGAAGGGGAAUUCUCGAUAUCACAGAGUGAUUUCGAGAGGAGUCCGACGUGAAGGAAUUCAAGAGGAUCGUGCCUGCAACAUCCUCCGCAUGAGCGCAUCCUGAAUGUGACUGAGCAAUUUCUCCAUCAAACUGUUCGAUGUGUGGUUUCCCAGCAGCUAUGUGUGUCGUAUUGAGCUGGACAUGGACCGGGCGACCAAUUGGUCGAAUGUGAAUGGUGGUACUCUUGUUCGGCACUACGGAAUCUGAAGCAGUGGUAGGCAGUUUCUCUGGUACCCGAAGGUGGCUCUAAAUGAUGGCGACUGCGUCGAGAAAGCCCGGUGCUGAUAAUAGUUCUUCCGCGCUCAGCAGCAGUGCCCAGGUCAAGAUUCGAGUCGGUUCCUCUUACCGCGAGCUUGCUUGCGUAUUCACGCUCAUUUUCCUCCCUGUCAUCAUCUUCCUCAUCCACUCGUCUUCGCCAGCUCCCUCGGACCCAAUUUCUCUACAAAGAGUAGAGAAGAUCGAGGAUGAUCCAGUCCUUCCAUUCUGCGAACCUCCCCUACACUUCCUCACAGAACACUCUCUCCUCGACUGCGCAGCUCGAAAAGCUCGCUUGCACGAGAGGAAUUCUCGAAAUGUGGCCAGCAAAGGGAAGCCGGGUCCUCAGAGACUCGCCUUCUGCUUUCUCUCCAGAGGCCAUCUUCCUCAUGAGCAUUUGUGGCGACGAUUUUUCCAUGGUCAGGAGGAGCUCCACUCCAUCUACGUCCACACGCAUCCGAGCUUCCAGUUUCCCAACACCUCGCUGUUCUAUGGGCACCAAGUGCCGAGCGAGAAAGUAGAGCGCAUGUCCAUCAGUCUGGUGGAUGCAAUGCGCCGCCUUAUGGCCUACGCAGUGCUCGAUCCUGAGCACGGGUCCACAAACUCCUGGUUCAUUUUCGCUUGCGAGGUCACCAUCCCAAUCCGAUCUUUCUCGUACACUUAUGAUUAUUUGACCAAGUCCAGACAUUCUUUCGUCGAGUCGUUCGCUCCUGUGUCGAGAUAUUACAGCUGGGAGACGCUGCCUGAGUUUGAACGCUGGCGUCUGCGCAAGGGCGAGGUCUGGAUGGCUCUCCAACGUCGGCACGCCGCCAUGAUUUUGGGUGAUUGGUCCAUCUACUUCAAGUUCCGAUCGCAAUGCACUUUCGGCUGCAAUCCUGAUGAAUCUUACGUGCAGACAUUUCUCGAUUCACGAGUAUGUAGAUUCUGAAGCUUCUAUUUUAUCCAAGUCCCAGAGACUGUGAGCGUUGGUGGAUCCAGGAGGGAUAGCAAAUCGCACGGUCAUGUAUGUGGACUGGACUGGCAUCCACAUCUCUUCGCCGAAGACGUUUGAAGAUCGUCAUAUGUCACCCCAAUGGGUGCAGGAUAUUCAAGGUCGUAGAGCCGAUGGCGACGGUCAAUACCACGACACCUCAUUAGACAUGGAAGUUCGUAACUUGAGCCGCAUUACGAGAACUUGUUAUUACAACGGCGUCCCGAAUUCCGCUUGCUUCCUCUUCGUCAGAAAAGUUGGACCCAGAGCUUCUCCGCUGCUUGGCAAUUUCACUCAGAGCAUUCUUGGGUAUUGAUAAAGGAAUACGUUGAAAUACGUUUGUGCACACGAUUGUCACUGAAUGUUGUCUUCACCUCCACUUUGCAAGACAUUUGAAUAUGUUUGCUACAUUUCUCUUAGACGUGAUGUUCAUCAUAUUUACCCACAGCUUCCCACGUAAUC